CUCCACUAUUAUGAAAGUAAUAUCUUCUGUUUCAUUGUAGGACUGUUGAGAUGCGUGUGAAGCUCCUGCUGAAUGACAGUGCCCAGAGGAGCUGCAUAAUGCCUCUUCUCGACGUAACUGAAGACAACUUCUCCAUCGCUUCCCCAACCCAGAAUUCAUCUCCAGCUUUUUCCUCCAUGGCGUUUUCCUCCGUCAGUCCAUCCCUGUCCUCGUUUCUCCCACAUUCAAACUGCUCCGUGGCUCCAUCUCCCUCCUCACCUCCGUAUAACUUCUACGCUGUGUUGUUGGUGUUGCUGAUUUUUUGCGUGGUGUUCGGUAACGUGCUGGUGUGUGUGGCCGUGUCCCGUGAGAAAGCGCUCCAGACCACCACCAAUUACCUCAUUGUGUCACUGGCCGUGUCAGACAUGCUCUUGGCCACACUGGUGAUGCCCUGGGGCGUCUAUCUGGAGGUUGUGGGUGAAUGGAGGUUCAGUCGGAUCCACUGUGACAUUCUGCUCACCCUGGACGUCAUGAUGUGCACUGCCAGCAUCCUCAACUUAUGUGCCAUCAGCAUCGAUAGGUACACAGCCGUGGCCAUGCCGCUACUCUACAACACGCGCUACAGCUCCAGAAGACGGGUCGCUCUGAUGAUCGCUAUCGUCUGGUUCCUGUCAUUUGCCAUUUCCUGCCCGCUGCUGUUUGGUCUCAAUAACACAGCCAGUCAAGAAGGGAGAGACUGCAGCUUUGCCGACCCUGCUUUCGUGGUCUACUCUUCUGUUGCUUCCUUUUACGUGCCCUUCAUUGUGACCGUGAUGGUGUAUGUGCAGAUCUGCGUGGUCCUGCGCAGACGCGGCAGACGCACCGCACCUUCACGCAGACACGGCCUCCAUCCAGAACCCAGAGAUGGACAGAGAUCUCGCAAGAAUAAGUGUACUCAUCCUGAAGAUGUGAAAUUGUGCACUUUAAUAUUAAAGCCUCCUCCAGCGGCUCCGCAACGCAAGAAAGUGACGCUGGUGAAAGAGGCCGUGGUUCAUCCUCUGGACGUGGAACCCAUGUGUUUUCUGAGUCAGGACAGAGAGCCGCCUCCACAGCAAUCGCAGCGGCCUGGACAUGCUAAAAUCUCCCUGUCGGUGUCUGUGGCGCCCAGUCCCACGCGUCCCACACGGCCCUGCUCCACGCUCUCGGUCCCCGGCCUGCGCAGGGCCGCCCUGCAGGAAAGCGUGAACGGCCCCCACGGAUGGAGGGAGAGAAACGCAGACAGAGAGAAAGGAGCCGUGGCGAAGGAGAGAGUGAGAGGAAGACUGUCACAGCAGAAAGAGAGAAAGGCGACACAGAUGCUCGCCAUCGUUUUAGGUGUCUUCAUCAUAUGCUGGCUUCCCUUCUUCCUCACACACGUGCUGAAAGCUCACUGCGGCAGCUGCUGCAUCUCUCCGUCGCUCUACAGCGCUGUCACAUGGCUGGGUUACCUCAACAGCGCUGUCAACCCCGUCAUCUACACCACCUUCAACAUCGAGUUCCGCAAGGCCUUCAUUAAAAUCCUGCACUGCUGACAGACA